AUGAUCGAACCACUGCUUCAGCGACUCAACGAGAUCGUAUAUACGGAAUUUCCUAUGCCACGGCCAUAUCCCACCAUCAAUCGACCGGCUCCCUCCUCACCCACUCAACCACAGCCUACGCAGAUCGGUGAUGCCAAUCCCAAUCCGCAGGCACCUUCGACGCCCGUGCGGACUCUUCCACCCGUUCCGCCUUUCCCAACCUCGUCAGCAACUUCUACGAGCCAUGUGCCCGAUUCACUUCCUCAGUCCCAAGACGCUGAGGUCACCGCGCUCCAUGAACUUCCCACCCUCCUGCUGCAAAUCCUCAAUAGCGUAACUCAUACGCUUCGAUCAUCAUUUUCAGAAAGACCACCCCAUACAAUACAACGGUUGGCAGAACUCAUCCUAUACCCUACCAAACAUUACAAAACUCUUCCUGCAUGGCUGCGGGCCAUGGAUCGAGUCGUCAGCGUUAGCAGCGCUGCAGAUAUCUUCCCGCUUUCCGAAACUCCGCCUGUGGUGAAUGGUGUCAAUGGAGAUGGUGGAGGAAUUCUUUGGAAUAAUGGAGACGUGCGCCACGGUUACGACAGCAACUCACUGGGCAGUGAUGAAAGUCUCGGUGGCGCGCUCCUGACUCCAAUACCGUGGCUGCGGAAUGGGAUCAAUGGUAGCGAGGAUUCUGGUGAAGAUUCAGGCCCGCUAGAUUCAAACACCAGCACCAGCACAGAUGGCUUAGAUGACUCGCUCAUCUUGCCAAUAGCACAGGGCGAUGGAGACUCGUUAGUCCCUGAAAGGCCAGAUGGCGCAGUUACCCAAGGCGAGUUGAUCCGUAUGGAACAAGAGGCUGGCGUGGUACCUGUGACUCGAAACCCUCCGGAUGCGCACGUGAGCGGGACGAUGGAAGAGAAUUCUCUCAGUGACGAAGGAGACGUGGUGCCUCACGCCCGCGGACCUGACCUCGUGGGCUCUGUGGAUAUGGGCAGAGUCGAUGGUCAAGACGUGGAAAUUCACAUUGGAAGCCCUCCAAGCGAAGAGGGACAAGAAAGGGCCAUAGAUGCGAACGAUGCACAAACAGUCCUCCCUGGAGAGACUCAUACUUUGGGCUCUACAGCUACAAGUGCAAUGUCGGUAAGUGGACCUGGAUCAGCGGCCGAUUCAGAUGAUUUUGAAAUUGUGCUCAAGGACGCUGUGGAUGGCAGCGAUGUGGAUGCUAUGCAAGUCGACGAGAGCAGAAGAGGGGGUGAGAAGCAGCAGAAGUCACAGUCGCCAACCGAAGACGGCGACAUUGUUCUUGUGGAUGCGGACGGCAAGACCGAAGGCGAGACCGAGUCAAAGGCCGAAAACUCGGGCGAGAACGUCGGACCGGAUGCUGUGGAUGCCAGUACUGUGACUUGA